AUGGAGAUAUGGUUCAAAGUCCCUUCAGGAAUAAUCUCUAGAUUUAGCUUCUGCAUUUCAGCACAUAAUGUCUCAUUGUAUGAUUCAACAGAGACAGUUAUAGUGAACUUUACGGCUGAGAGCAUCUGCUACCACAUUGGUUUUGCCGGGAUGAGAAGGCUAGUUCUGGAGGUAAUACUGUAUGGAAAUGCAAGUAUUGCUCGCUUGAGUAUAGGGGAAGUUACUCGAAGUUACUCGAGAGUAAAAUCCCACUUGCUCCGGAUUACUGGAGGUGGAAUCAAGAUAUGUCCUAAAGUUACAAAGUCAGUCCUAGGCCAACUGAAGAAUGAAGUUGCAAAGGCUGCAGAUGACACUGAUAAAUCAAAGCCUAAAGAUGUGCCAUUGCCAGUAACAACGACCACUGCUGGUUUCAGCAUGAAGAAGCGACCGAGAAGAGGUUCAGCACUUGAGAAAGCUUUUGACAUGGAGACUCGCAAUCAAUUGGAUGCAAUGAUUGCAAGAUUGUUCUACUCUGGAGCCUUAUCUUUCAAUAUUGCAAGGAAUCCCUACUACAGAGAGUCGUACAAGUUUGCAGCAAGCCACAGUCUGGAUGGUUAUUGUCCGCCUUCUUAUGACAAGCUGAGAACAACUUUGCUUCAGCAAGAAAGGGCACAUGUUGAGACCUUGCUGGAUCGAACAAAGAGUGUUUGGCCUGAAAAGGGAGUCACCAUAUGUUAUGAUGGGUGGACUGAUGUGCAGAGACGGCCACUCAUUAACUUCAUUGCUGUUUGUGAGACCUCACCAAUGUUCUUGAGAGCCAUCAAUGCUUUUGGAGAAGAAAAGACAAAAGAGUAUAUUGCUGAGAAGCUGGUGGCUGUAGUAGAAGAAAUUGGGCCAAAAAAUGUGGUCCAAAUCAUCACAGAUAAUGCUGCGAACUGCAAAGGUGCGGGUCUUAUUAUUCAGCAAAAGUAUGACAAUAUUUUCUGGACUCCUUGUGUUGUUCACACUCUCAAUCUUACACUGAAAAACAUUUGCGCUGCAAAACUGCCAAGAACUGAAGAAGAAGAGAUAGUGUAUGAGGAGUAGCAUUGGAUAACUUUAGUAGCUGGGGAUGCUAGUAUGAUCAAGAAUUAUAUAAUGAACCAUGGCAUGAGGCUUUCUAUGUUCAAUGAGUUUAGCAAGCUGAAGUUACUUGCUGUUGCAGAAACACAAUUUGCCUCAGUUAUUGUUAUGUUGAAGCGAUUCUUAAUGGUCAAGAGGGCUCUCCAGAGCAUGGUGAUUAGUGAUGCAUGGGAGACCUACAGAGAAGACAAUUCAGGGCUGGCACGACAUGUGAGAGAAAAUUCUGAGCGGUGGUGGGAGAAUGUAGCUUACAUUGUUGAUUUCACUGAUCCCAUUUAUGAAAUGCUACGUGUGGCUGACACGGACAAGCCUUGUCUUCACCUUAUAUAUGAGAUGUGGGACACAAUGAUAGAGAACGUAAAGAAAGUGAUAUAUACCAAAGAAAAGAAGCAAGAUGAUGAGCAGUCCACCUUCUUCUCAAUUGUUUUGGCCAUAUUGGUUGACCGCUGGACAAAAACCAACACUCCACUUCAUUGUCUUGCACAUUCUCUUAAUCCAAGGUAAACACUCCAUAGUCCAUUCUACCAAGUCAGAUUAGUAGACCACUUGUUUGUUUUUUGUUUGCCUAUGCUGAUUGUGAUUGAUAUGCUGAUCAUACUUUUUUCCGUAGGUACUAUCAUGAGAAGUGGAUCAAUGAGCGUGCUGGACGUAACCCCCCCCCCCCCACAAGGACCUUGAGAUUUCACAAAUGAGAAUGAAGUAUUUCAGGAAAUUCUUCCCUAUUGCUCAAGAGCUCAAUCAAGUGAAAGAUGAGUAUUCAAGAUUUGCCACUUGCUCUGAAGAACUCAAUGACUUUGACUCCAUUUAUGAUCGAUGGAUACUUGAUCCAGUAAAAUGGUGGGCAAAUCAUGGACAGCCUAUUCCCAUGUUGCAAAAAUUAGCUCUUAAAUUACUCAACCAGCCAGCCUCGUCUUCCUAUUGUGAAAGGAAUUGGAGCACAUAUAGCUUCAUCCACAGCAUGAAAAGGAACAAGUUAACUCCUGAACGUGCUGAAGAUUUAGUCUUUAUACACAACAAUUUAAGGCUGUUGUCAAGGAAGGCAGAAGAGUACAAGUCAGGACCGGCAAAGAUGUGGGAUGUUGGAGGAGAUGGCUUUGAAUCUCUAUCUGGUAUUGGCAUUCUAGAAGUUGCUGAUCUGUCGCUUGAUGAACCCUUGAUAGAGAGUGUGUCUUUUGAAGAUGGGGGCGAGAGCGUGAGCGAUGAUAUGGAGAACCCUGUUAUGGAAGAAGACUAGGAGUCUUGCUGCUCUCUUGCCUUACUUUCCUAUUUUUUCAUCAAUUAGUGGCUUGAUGUCUUUCUUUCCGGUUUCAGUAUAAUGUAUCUGACUAUCUUUGAACUCUAUUAAGUUAGUUAUUCUCUAAUUGUGGCCUACUGAUGCCACUAUGUUGCUGAAUAUUUAUGUGAUAUUUAUAUAUAAUUAUUAAUUAUUCUAGCCGUAUCCCCGUAUUGGUGUUUUUUGGGAAAGUGCGUAUCCACGUAUCCGAUACCCGUACCGGUAUCCGUGUAACAUAGCUGACUACACACAAAGGACAUCAUAUAAGCUUCAAAUAAUUUGGCACAGCAUUAGCACUGAAUCUCUAUUAAAUAUUUCAGCUUAAUGGGACAGUACAUUUAGUUUUACAUGCAUCAGACCAUUUGGCACAGUAUACAGAUUAGCAUUGAACCUCUAUAGGUCCGUGCCCAUGCAUUGCUACGGGAUUACAUCAUCAUCAAGCAAAAUAAACUAUAAAGUGAACCUACCAAGACGCCAAAUAAAUAGCACUUAGAUUAUAUUAGCCCUCAUUCUUUCUACUCCAACUUGCCACUCUUCCUGCUAUCUAACCAUAGUUAAGCCUUUAGUUAUGGUUUCCAACUGGGCAGCAUUUUUAUGUUCUUAUGGAUGUAUAUCAGUACAAAAUCAUCCAAAGGAGGCUGUAACAUUUCUCAAUGAUACUGGUUUGACAGAAUAAAAUACUACUCUAUAAGACAUUUCUUUGGCAGUUUACUACAUGGGUCAUUUUUUUUUCAAGAUGCAUCCAAGGUUUUCUCACCCACUAAACCAGAAUCCAUCCGGCUGCCUGGUAAAUGUUGUGAGUGUAUCCCAUCAUUCAAACGAUAGCUCCAUUUUGAAAAAGCAAACAUCGACGUCAUCACAUCACUGACCAUCGACUUCUUUGAGUUCAGUUACCAUUGUAAGUGAUCUUCUUUAUCUGCACCGCAGCAGCAGCUCUCCGUAGGGUCCUCUUUGAAGCAUCCAGCAUUCAAGCUAAACUCAAAGAAGUCCAUAUGAAUAAGAACUGAAACAGCAAGCAGCAUGAUUUCCAGAGCAAGAUAGACCCAAAAUUAUCUGAACAAUACAUGAAAUCCAAGAUUAACUGAACAAACUAAAGAUUUCAAUUGCAACUACUUGUCAUCUUGAAUUUAGUAUAUGAGCGCUCAGUGAUUCCAGGCAGCAGCGACAAGCUCAUUAAAUAACCAAAGUUCAUACGAAAUGAAUCAAACAAUUUCAGAUUUUUUUCAGAAUUAACAAACAUGCUGUAACAGUGAAUUUAUAAUUAUCUUCUUGCAAAAUUGAUAAAAUACUCAACUAUGAGCAUGUGAUCAUUCAGCUUUGUAAGAGAUCUUGAUGAAAUACAUCCAUGGACUUGAAGAUCAAAUUGAAUCUCCCAGCCUAGGCACACAUUCGUUCAAAGCCACCACCUGCAUACAUAUCAGUUUGACUCUUUAACUCAUCAAAAUGGAGUACAGAGUAUAAAGCAUCAAGAUAUCUAACCAGUAGCUAAAUACUCCAUUCUGCCGAUAUUAAAGAACUUGAGAUGUCCAUUUAGAUUGCUAUUAGAAUAAUUUAGCUGGUAGCUAAAUACAACUUGUACCACAAACAAUAAUUUAGCUGGUAGAAAGACAUCUUAAUAAAAAUAAGCCAGCAGGGCAACAUUCAGCUAAUAAGAUUUGCUCUCUUCAUCAACUCAAGGCAAUUAUAAAAACCUGGCUACACACGGUUUAUGUGCAGUCGCAUGAAACAUAAUUUGCUCUACCAUUGGGGCCAUGAUCAAAGCAGCAUUCUUUACCGUACCAUUAUGUCUCCGCACCAAUUCUUCUAAUAGCCUGUCAGGCAAAUGUGAAGUUCAUCACUACCCGGAAUGCCAUUGGGAUCUCUGACUGGAUCAUAUAAUACCUGGCAAAUUAAAAACAAGAACCAACACCUUCACUCCUCAGACUAAUUAGUAGAAAACACUAAUUCACAUGACAGAGACUCAUGCAUACAUUUUAUUUAGAGAAAGGACUUAAGCAUGCUGCUAAAAACGCUAGUUUAUUGUUCAGAACACACACAAACGCUAGAGGUAGGUAGGCUAGCUGUAGCAUAUCCAAGUUCGUAGCUGUCUUGCACCCAUUGCUCGGUGACGACCUUCUUCUUGU